AUGGAUCGGAUCAUCGCAGCCCGAAUUAGAGACGUCAUUGAAACCAAAUUGACCCCGCAACAAUCUGGAUUUAGACCCGGCCACUCUACAUUGGAUCAACUACCGCAUCUACGCGCAACCCUCACGAGACCCACCCUUGAUUCGCGCACAGGUGCAGUAUUCGUAGAUUAUGCUAAAGCUUUCGAUACUGCGGACCAUGAUCGCAUAGUUAGUGCGAUGCGCGAGAUGGAUCUCCCACCGCACACCAUUCGAUGGCCAGCAUCUUUCCUGAAAGGACGCCAAGCCAAAGUACGAGUAAACCGUAAAUCCUCUCCUCUAAUGCUCUUCCGCCGCGGUGUGCCACAAGGAACAGUUCUCGGCCCGCUUAUGUUCAUUAUGGUAAUGAACACCCUCAGUAAACGUUUAUCCCAAGUUCCCUUAUUGUUUCAUGGUUUUUUCGCCGAUGAUCUCACACUCGCAGCACGACACGUCAACAGAGACAUCAUCAACAGUACACUGCAACAAGGACUAAAUGUAGUGGACGAAUGGUCCAAGGACUGUUUUAUGGAAAUCAACGUGGCCAAGACGCAAUACACUCUUUUUGGAACCUCCGACCCGGAUCCCCUUUCCCUUUGA